GCUUUUAUCCGCGUGUAGAGGGACGCCGUGACCCUGAACUGAUUCGGGGUGAUAUUUUAAUAUUUGUGGUGAUUAUGGGCGCCGCUGACAGCAGGAGCGGGUCUGUGUCUUAUGGACUGGAUGAACAGGACAAAGUCACGGUCCUGCAGGGAGUGAAGCUGUCUGGUGAUGUUCUUCAGCGGAUGCGGGAGUCGGGAUCUUCUCCAGGGAAACCAGCCUCACCCAAACCAGAGAGAGACACACCUGAUCCAGGAGCUUCCAGACCUUCUGCAGGAGAGACACCGGAGGAGCUUCGGAGACGGUUCGAGCGUGAGCAGGCUCUGGUCCAGGAAGAGUUGACCCGGAUCGCCCGUCGAGAGAGAGAGACAGCGAUGGGAGACGACAUGAGAGAGAAAGCAAACACACACCCGGACCGGCAGAAAACACACACCCUGCCGGAUGAGUUGAGUGUUCGGGCCCGACAGCUGAAGAAGAAAGAAGACGAGCUCAAACAUCUCGAGCAGUUUUACAAGGAGCAGCUGCAACUGAUGGAGAAGAAGAACACUGACUUCUAUCAGCAGACGCUACACAUGUACACGCAGGAGGCGGUGAAAGCAGAAGCCACUGUGAAGCCGGGUCACAUGACGCCCGUGUGCGCUGAGCUGCAGUCACAGGUGUUGAGCUGCUACACACUGAACACACGACACACACUGCUCUGCUCACAGCUGGCCAGAGACUACAUACACUGCAUCAACUCCUGCAAGAAGAACUUGCUGGUGAACCACGGAUGAAGAGGACGAUUGAUGCUGAAGAAGAGGAGCAGUGUUAGAAGACGUCCAUCUAGAUGCGUGUGUAUGUGUGUGAGAGAGAGAGA